GAAGCUAUGGGGGCUGGCGAGAAGAGAUUAUUAGUAAGCUGUAAUGAAGUUUCUUUACACAACACGCCCAAAGAUUGCUGGGUAAUUAUCAAUGCUAAGGCUUACAACGUUACAAACUUCCUUAAUGAACAUCCUGGUGGUGAGGAUGUCUUGUUGGCAGCGGCAGGUAAGGAUGCCAGCGAAGAAUUUGAGGAUGCGGGGCAUGGCAGUGCUGCAAGAUUAAUGCUCGACGAGUUCUACGUCGGAGAGGUGGAUACCGAUACCGUCGCCGCCGCCGCUUACGUCCCGCCGGAGCAGCCUAAAGAUGGUGGUCCCGGCGAGUCAUCACGUCGGAUUAAUUUCGAGCUCCUCCGGUUUCUACUGCCCCUAACGGUCUUAGGUUUGGGCGUUGCAGUUCACUUCUGGGCUACCUAGGUGGCAACUUAGGCUAAUUUAUCUCAUUGUCGUU